CAGUCAGCCUCGCUGUCGAAAGCACAUACCUUCACCCUACUUUCGACGCACUCCGUUUCGCGUUCCGUCGAUCCGCAAGCAACCGCAAGAUUCUUUCCUCGCGUUCGUUUUGACGUCGAUUCUGCUAAGGGCUUUUGAAGUUUUCGACGAUAGUGCGGUAUGAGGCGAGAAAAAAUGAAGUGGAGUGCAAAAUUUAAUUGCCAGUGGUCUUAGCCAGUCGUCAAGACAAGUUCAAAGAAAAAAAAAAAAAAAAAAAAAAAUUUAAUUGAAGUUCCAGCACGAAGUUGUGAAAAAUCAAUCGAAUUUGUUUUGGCGGUGGUGUCAUAUUUCAAAGUGCUUGCAUUCGUGUGUGCAUAUCGCGUGUGGGUGGGAAGCCGCGUCCCAAGUUCCCCAAGUUCCAAAGGGCAGCACAAUCAAUGAUUGCCGGAGUGCCGUGGUCCACGCAGGAAAUGUAAAAUCCGGUUCACUGUGGUUUUGUAUUCUAAUCAUUGUUAUGGCUAGUCAGUGGACACCGGAUUUAGUAAUGCAUCAGCUGAAAAAUUGAGACACAAUACACAUUAUUGUUCGAGCAAAGUCUUCCGUGAAUUGUGACUAAUCUAGAGUGGUAGCAUAGCGAAGAGAAUCUUCACGGCAAAUUGACGACCAAAGCAGAGUGCUCGGUGUGAACGUGAAAACAAUGUACCCUGUAAAUGACAACCAGCAAAGUGUACUCUUAUCCCUGACUGGAACAAUUGUGCCGAAUGGAGGGGAAGGAAGUGGCGAUGUCUAUCGGCGGUUGCAGGACCCGGAAGCGGAUGAUCGCAGUGGUAGCCCAAAUAGUAAUGAAACCGAUGCAGACGAGUACCAUACGUUGAUAGAUGAAAGGUGCAAGCGAAGCUCCAAAAAAUACGAAGAUGGUCGUCACUCCGGUCGGGGAAAUCGGUCGAUUCCAAUGACGGGAGGCAACAAUUGCUCGAGAAAUCGGGUGUUUCUAGUCAUAAUAGCAAUGUUUUGCUUUAUAACCCUGCUGCUGACUGCCGUGCCUCUGGGAACCGAUAAGGGACGAGUUGGAACGAUCGCGGGUUGGAGUGUAAAUACAUCGAGAUUAACGGUCAACUAUGUGCUACCGGCGGAGAAUACUACCAUAAUUGAUCCGUUGAAUAUCUGCACAACGGAGGAGCGAACCGGUGAUGGGAGUGAAAAUGAAAAAGUUUUCCUACUGAUCGUGGUCUGUUCGUCGGCAAAGAACUUCGAAGCACGGCAAACGAUUCGGGAAACCUGGGGCAACGUAAGUGAGUUCAACUAUGCCCAGUUUGUGCGAAUGCAUGCCCGUUUGAAGGGCGAAUAUUUGGGACCACGUCCGUUUAAGCAUCAGCAGGAUUAUAUGAAGAAGGCUGUGAGUGAGGAUCCGUUCCCAACAACGGACGAUGACCAUCAACCAGAGACGCAACAGUUGAGCGAACAACCGGUAGUGCCCAAAACCGAAUCUUUUAGAACACGGAGACAAACCGAUCAACAAAUCACAGGCCAAUCUAGUCAAAUACACUCAAUUAGUUCAACUGCAUCAAUUGUAACCACCUCUACCACGGCGGUUCCUCCGCUGUAUGAAAAGCAAAACUUCAAUGUGAAGGUUGUAUUCCUUCUCGGUCAGUCAGAGUCAGACUAUCUCCACCAGAGAAGUAGUAAGCCAGUGCAUUCACCAUCGUUGGAUCACACAACGACGACCGACGAUGGUUCACAACGGCAAGAGGUUCCAAGUCAUCCGGAGGAGCGGAAAGCUCCUAGCGUAAGUUUGUUUCCCCCAGAGGGAGAUGUAGAUCCUGCCUUCAAUGUUCGGGAGGCAGAAUUGGACGAGCUACAGGCACGGAUCGUCAACGAGAGCGAAGUCUAUGGGGACAUUAUCCAGGAAAGUUUCGUCGAUAGUUAUAACAAUUUGACGCUGAAGACGAUUAUGAUGCUGAAAUGGGUUACCAACAACUGUGACGGACGAGUCAAGUAUAUAAUGAAAUGUGAUGACGAUACGUUCGUGAAUGUGCCGAAUUUACUGCAGGUUCUACUUGGAGGGACGGUACCGGUGUACAAGGCAUCCAUACCAUUCUACGAUAAAAACACAAUCGAUGUUCGGUCCUCAAAAAAUCGUCUGGCUGAGGUGAAACGUUUGCUGACGGGUUUUCUUUUCUGUGAAGCUAAACCAAUUGGUGAUACUAGUAGUAAGUGGUAUUCUCCAAAUUAUAUGUACAAUAAAGAAUUCUACCCGGAUUACUUAUCUGGGACGGCAUAUCUUAUGAAUUUGAACGCAGCCAAACUGCUCUAUCGCACGUCGCUGACGACGCCAAUCUUCCAUCUGGAAGACGUCUAUCUGACUGGCCUCGUGGCUGAUCGGGCGAAACUGCGCCGCUAUCAUCAUCCUCUGUUUUUCUACUCCACUAUCAAGGAUCUCUGUUCCCUUCGGGGCAUGAUCUCGCAGCACCAGCUACAACCGAACGAACUGCGCAAUGCGUAUGAGUUCGUUAACAAUCGAACGGCCGUGUGCACAGCACCGGAUCGAAACUUCAGCAUGGCCAAAAUGAAGCUGCAACAGCGCAAGAAAUGUCACUGACACGGGGUUAAACGCGUCGCAACGGUCGGCGCGUCUAACAAGAAGAAACUUGCCAGCGGAUUGAUGCGAGGCUGAGUCGGUCAUUGUUCGAUAAAUUCUCUCAGCUUAACGAUUUGCUUCGUUGUUUGUUGACCCUCGUCAUUACCGAAUGCGUCUCCGUCUCUUCAUCUAAAAAAAAUCUCCGUCUGAGUAACAUUAGUAGAACGAAUUAAAAAAAAACACUAUAAUUCGUAGGUAGUAAAGUUUAAAAUGAGCAAACUCUUGUUGACGCAAAAGAGAUUAGUGCGAAAUGUUAAUAGUGAAACAUUUUACUAGUAUUGAUCACUUAAAGAGAUUUAACAAAAGUCUUAAAGUUUAGCAUAUUGGAUCGUGAAACAAAAUUUCCAAUUGAGGUGUCUUAGAAAAAAAAGAGAAAAGUCUCAGAUGCGAUGAUGUAAUAUAUACUUUCCAAACGCAAAGAAAAUAAUAAUAUAAAAUAAUUUAAUUCAGCUGUGAUUUGAAAAUAUUUUAGAUAGAUUUACAAAACAAAUAGGAAACAUAAAACUGAAGAAGCACAUAGUAUUAGCGAAUUAAAAAUAGUGAAUCAAUUUUACCAAUCCAAUUAGUAGUCAAUAGACUAGUAAGCAUUUAUUUCACAUUUCAAGUUUGAGCUUUUAAUUGUAGGUAAAACAAAAGUCAUAUAGCUUAGUAGCGUAGCACACGUGACUACGUCAUUUACUUCCUCUUCGAUCUCGACAAACCAAUGCCAGUAUCUUUUGUCGGAAAAUUCUCAACCAUAAUGAGUUACUAUUAGAGUUUAGUCAUGCAAGCACAAACAUAUUUAUGUUCCAAUGGAAUUUAUUAUUUUCAAAGAUUGAAACCUAUCAUAGUCGCGCACACACUUCUAAUAGUCAGCUUAGUUUCGUAGCAAAAAGAAAUAUCGUACGAUUCCGUACGCCAACAACGCUUAUGAAUACUAGAAAUCGCGUGAGACGUGUAGCGUUAAACAAGUAGGAAUGAUGCAUUCUUUGAGCAUAGCCGCAGAAACAUCUGAAACAACGCAUUAGUCAACAACUAUCCAAGCUGUGAAAUAUGAUUUUACCAGCUUUACUCUUGUUUGGUUUUGUUAGAUGGUUUCAUUUGAAAAAUACAUUUGUGAUGUGUAAAUGCACAAACAUUACAA